GUUGGAUGACGAAUUUGCUGUGAAAAGAUUCAACCUUCAACCAACUUUCGCCACAGAGCACUUUUGACGACGCCUUCUUCUACUGGACCAUAGACAUCCGGUUUCCGGCACCAACCAGUUACACAAACCUCUCACCGAAAUAUCGCCAUCUUUCUUACGAAGCUUUAUUUUUUUCAUCUCUGACCGUCACUUGCCUUGUUUAAUUACGCCCUCAACUGCGGCGCAACUGGGAUAGAUGGUGUAUGACAGGGUUGACAGCGACGAUGAGUCCGAACUCUCGGACAACCUCGACUUGACGGAAUGGCAGGAUGAGUCGAGUCGUGAAGUCGACCAUGAUGGACUGGCACGACUAGCCACCGAGCACGAUGAACCGCUGCCUUCAAGUCCCAUCGCCCCAAAGACAAAUCACAAUGCGCCGGUGGCGUGGAGGGAUCUGCCUCGAAAAAAGCAGCUCCUCGUCAUCACGUUGGCCCGCAUGAGUGAGCCGCUCGUUCAGUCCUCGCUCCAGGCAUACAUGUUCUAUCAACUCAAGUGGUUCGACGAAUCGCUUCCGGACUCGACCAUCGCCACGCAAGCCGGCAUACUGUAUGCCAGCUUUACUGCCGCACAGUUCGUCACGGCCAUGAUUUGGGGCCGUGUUGCCGACUCCCCGCGCGCCGGCCGCAAGACUGUCUUGCUCAUCGGGCUGUUUGGAACAUGUGUGUCGUGCUUGGGGUUUGGCUUCUCCACGACCUUUUGGCAGGCCCUUUUAUUUCGCAUUAUUGGCGGAGUGACGAACGGCAACGUCGGCGUCAUGCGCACCAUGAUCAGCGAGAUAAUACGGGAGAAGAAAUAUCAGUCUCGGGCGUUCCUCCUGCUUCCCAUGACGUUCAACGUCGGCGUCAUCAUCGGCCCCAUCCUCGGUGGCAUCCUCUCCGACCCGGCGGGGAGUUACCCAGACCUUUUCGGCAAGGUUAAUUUCUUCCUCAAGUUUCCCUACGCGACGCCCAACAUCGUCAGCUCAGUCUUCCUCGCCAUCGCAACCUUGGCCGUGUGGCUCGGCCUGGAGGAGACCCACGAUGUGUUGCGCGACGGGCGGCCUGACCUGGGCACGAGGGUCGGUCGGAAGCUUGUUGCACUGCUUCGAUCGAGGUUCUCGAGAUCUGGGGGAGUUGGUUACUCUGCCAUUCCUAGCUCGGAAGUUGAACUGGUAGAGGGCGAAACUGCGGCGAAGCGCCCCAUGAGACGGUAUACACAGCGGCUUCCAUUCCGUCGCAUGUUCACCCGCAAUGUCACUAUGACUCUGGCUGCAAACUUCCUCAUGGGUGUUCAUAUGGGGAGCUUCAACUCACUGUGGUUUGUCUUCCUCUCUACCCCAGUUUGGGAUCCACAGACAUCCCAACACAAACAGCGCCUCCCGUUCCUCUUUACUGGCGGGCUGGGCCUUCAACCCCAGUCCGUGGGCGUAGCCAUGGCGAUCCUGGGCAUGAUCGGCAUCACACUCCAGCUGGUUUUGUAUCCACGGAUAUCCGGACGUCUGGGGACCAUCAGGUCGUGGCGGAUUUCUCUGCUCUGCUUCCCCGUUACAUAUUUCCUCGUCCCAUACCUCUCCGUCGUGCCCAGCAGCGAAUCAUCCCCGCCACCAGGUCCUAAAGGAGGACUACUUAUCUGGCUCGCGAUAGUUGGGGUGCUCUCGGUCCAGGUCAUGGGCCGCACCUUUGCUAUCCCGGGCCAGACUAUCCUUGUCAACAACUGUUCGCCCCAUCCCAGCGUGCUGGGGUCGAUCCACGGGGUGGGACAAAGUGUGAAUAGUGCCUCGAGGACAGUCGGGCCUAUGAUUGGAGGAGUGAUAUAUGGCUACGGUCUCAACAAAGGAGUCGUGGGUCUCGUAUGGUGGAUUUUGAGCUGCUUUGGGAUUUGCGGCAUCUUGGCUAGUUUACUAGUCAGGGAGGGAAAUGGACACGAGAUUUGGCUUGAGGGCGACGAGGAAGAACCGUCGGUUGGAAAUCCAACAGGCGAGCGUGUACGGACAGUUUAGCGCAGUGUCAUCGAGGGUUGUAUAGACGAGGGCGACUAUCAAGUAGUAUGAUAGCAACGGCCGCGCUAGAGCGACGACCGUUCAAUAUAUAGCCAUAUAUCCAUCGCUCGACUUCUUUUCGCUCCCGGAGAGUCUAAGUUGUCGUAGAGUUUGGCGCGGCUCUCCCUUCGU